AUGCUGGCGCGGGUUCCUGAAGCUGAAGAACAGGCGGAAGUAAUCGCCGAGCAGGUCAUCAACGUGGGUAGCACCGAGGUGUACCCGUCCGACUGGCUGACGCUGGCGAAUCGCAUCAAUGCCAGGUUCAACGAGGAUGCAGAAGCAGCCGGCGCCGCCGUCACCCACGGCACGGCGACGCUGGAGGAAACGGCGUACUUCCUGAACCUGACCGUCCAUGAUGCGCGCCCCGUGGUGGUUACCGGAGCGAUGCGCCCACCAUCGGCCAUGGGCACCGACGCGGACAACAACCUGAUGGAUGCCAUUCACGUGGCAUCGGCGCGGCAGUCCGCCGGCCGGGGCGCGCUGGUGGUGCUCAACAACGAGAUUCAGGCGGCGCGGGACGUUACCAAGACGGACUCCUACCGCACGGAACGGCGGCACACCGCGGAUUCCGAGUUUGACGUGUCGGACAUUGGCGAACUGCCGCGGGUUGACAUCGCAUUCGCCUACGCCGGCGUCGAUGGGACGGUGGUAGAUGCGCUGGUGGACGCCGGCGUAGCGGGAAUCGUGGCCGCCGGGUUGGGCAGCGGCGGUUCGCCGGCUCCGUUCAUGGCCGCCCUGCAACGCGCCGUCGCCGCCGACGUGCCCGUUGUCCUGGCCACCCACGUCGGCACCGGGCGGGUGGUGCAGACCCGCCGAUUUACGGAGGCUGGUUACAUCGUGGCCGACAACCUGCAUCCCAAAAAGGCACGUAUCCUGCUGAUGUUGGGCUUAACGCAAACCUCCGAUACGGCUGAGUUGCAACGCAUGAUGCUGGAAUACUAG